AAGUAAGUACAUUUUGAUAAUACUGUAAUGUUUUUCUUGAUUCCUAAUUGAUUUAAUUGUUAUGCAACGGUGGGGUAAAUGUAUCCACCCUUCUUUUAUUUACUUAAUUCAUUUAAACACUUACACAAGACGUAACUAAUAUCUAAGACUAACUAACUAACUAAUAUAAUCACUACUUCGUAACUACAUUUUUAUUUUAUUUAAAAUCACUGAUUACAUUUCUAUGAUUCUAGAAAGUUCACAAAAAAACAAAUACAUGAAAAGACCUUCCUAGAAUUUAGUUCUAGAAAAAUAACAGAAACAAUUCGCCGCUGUUCAUAAAAAACUAAACUAAAAAAUCAAAUGCGCCGACAAAUAUCAAACGGUUCGGUGUAGUCACCAAAUUUUAGAGUUCCAUUAUAAUUGGACAGGACCGGCUUCACAGCCCAGCCCUCAAUCUAUUAUCAUACCAGUGAUCAUUUUUGGAUUUCCAGUGAGGAUUUAUUCAUAUGAAUGAUCUGUUGAUUGACGUCAAUUAUUUGAAUAAUCUGACAGGAUAAAUGUUGCUAUCGUUGUCUUCAAUUAAAAAUUUGCUUUCAGCACACAUUUUUUAACGACUUUGGUAUGUUUAACCAAAGCGUGAUAUUUUGAAAUAUUAAAUAUUUGAAACGUUAAAAUCGAAAUAAUAUAUACCUAUCCAUGGCAACGUGAUAAAGUGAAAAUAUUGUUUUGAUUGGUUGUUUUUAAUCACAUGACUUCAAAUUAAUUGAUUUCAUUGGAUUUCUUCUGGAGUAAAAAAUUUUUAUUUAUAUUUGAUGGAAUUAAGAACAGGCCUCCUUAUUGCUGUUACCUAACACUAAUAAAAUAAUCAUGCGAGCAGCUUUGAUUUUUUUCUUGCUUGGCUAUUUUACCAGAAAUAGCUUGGCAGGAGUAUAUACAGACCGUUUCUUGGCACAGUAUAAUAAAAUCCAUGACGCAAACAAUGGAUAUUUUUCUCCGCAAGGAAUACCAUACCAUUCAGUUGAAACUCUAAUUGUAGAAGCACCUGAUCAUGGACAUGAAACUACAUCUGAAGCCUACAGUUAUUAUGUUUGGCUAGAAGCAGUUUAUGGAAAAGUAACUGGUGACUUUUCAAAAUUCAAUCAAGCUUGGGAAAAUUUGGAAAAAUAUAUCAUUCCCGUGACUGCCAGUCAACCUACAAACAGCUUUUACAAUCCUAGUCAUCCAGCGACAUACGCUGCUGAACUGGAUGAUCCCAGUCAGUACCCUUCCCAGAUUGAUGCUAGCGUGCCAGUAGGCCAGGAUCCUAUAUUUCAAGAACUGGUUAAUGCUUAUGGUACCAGUGACGUCUAUAUUAUGCACUGGUUACUUGAUGUUGAUAAUGUGUAUGGUUUUGGAAAUAUUCCCGGUAGUUGUAAUCUUGGCCCUGAUGCUGGUGGUCCUUCUUACAUUAAUACUUUCCAGAGAGGACCUAUGGAAUCGGUUUGGAGAACUAUUCCCCAACCAACCUGCGAUGACUUCAAAUAUGGAGGUCCCAAUGGAUUCUUGGAUCUAUUCACGAAAGACAAUAGUUAUGCCCAGCAAUGGAAAUAUACAGCAGCUCCUGAUGCAGACGCAAGAGCCAUCCAAGCUGCUUAUUGGGCCAGUCAAUGGGCUCAAGAAGUUGGUCAAUUAGGAACAAUUCAAAACACUCUAACCAAAGCUUCAAAAAUGGGAGAUUACCUCCGUUACGCUCUAUUCGACAAAUAUUUCAAACAAAUUGGAUUUUGUGAGUCACCUGCUACUUGCCCAGGUGGGUAUGGAAAAAGUAGUGCUCAUUACUUAUUGGGAUGGUAUUUCGCCUGGGGAGGUGCUCUCGCAACAAGUAAUGGUUGGGCGUGGCGUAUUGGAGACGGUACAGCUCAUUUUGGUUACCAAAAUCCUUUAACCGCUUGGAUUUUAUCUAAUGAUAAUAAUUUCAAGCCCCGUGGAGCCACUGCAGUAUCAGAUUGGGCAACUUCUCUUGAUAGACAGCUUGAGCUAUACGAAUGGUUACAGACCGCUGAGGGAGCUUUCGCUGGAGGUGUCACUAAUACUAUAAACGGUCGUUAUGAUCCCGCACCAAGUGAAUUGAAAACCAACACAUUCCAUGGCAUGUUUUACGAUUGGGAACCUGUUUAUCAUAAUCCACCAUCUAACAAAUGGUAUGGUAUGCAACCUUGGUCAGUUGAUCGGUUAGCUCAAUACUAUUAUGUAACUGGAGAUGCGAGAGCCAAAGCAAUAUUGGAUAAAUGGGUCACAUGGAUUCUAAGUAAUAUUUCAAUUCAAGGAACUCAAAGUUACACCCUUCCAGCCGAUUUAUCUUGGAGUGGAAACCCACCAAACGUACACGUCACUGUAGACAGUUAUAAUAGCGAUGUAGGAACAGCCUCAGCUACUGCUAGAACAUUGGCCUAUUAUGCAGCUAAAGCUAAUCACGCUCAAGCCAAACAAGUAGCUAAAUCAUUGUUAGAUAUUAUGUGGACAAACUAUCAAACAACCAAAGGUGUUUCCGCACCAGAAGCAGCUACCACUUACACACAAUUCAAUGAACCUGUUUACGUUCCACCCGGUUGGAACGGAAAGUAUCCCAGAGGAGACGUCAUUCAAAAUGGCGCUACAUUUAUUGGUAUCAGAUCUUGGUAUAAAAAUGAUCCUGAAUGGUCUAAAGUUGAAGCCUAUCUUAACGGUGGACAAGCUCCUACUUUCACAUUCCAUCGAUUCUGGUCACAAGCUGAUGUUGCUAUUUCUCAAGCUGUUUAUGGAAUAUUGUUCAAUGAAUAAGAUGUAAUAUUAAUUUUUGUUUGUAUUUAAUUGUUCAAAUACAAUUAUAGCUAUUCACGUCA